AGCGGCUUUGAGUGUUUGUCACGUUAAAUUUAGCCUAUUGAUGUAAGCUGCAUACCAAUUCACAACAGACACAGAGACGUGUUCUCAGUUUGACUUUAGUGUUCACGAGUGUUAAGAUCAGUGAAGAUCAAACAACCUCCUGUAGGUUGACCUCUGAGCCUCCGAGCCUCCUCUGCAGGAUAUCGGCUGCACAACAGGAACACCUCCACAGGACUUCUGAUAACCUCACUGAAGCUACAAUGUCACAGUUCUGCACCAUGUCAGCUGGAGAGAAGAAGAAGCACGCAGCAGCUAUAUGUCGAGAGGUCCACAGUACCAACGAGGCUGUUAUCGAUUUAGGAAAGAAGCUCAGCACUCCAAAAGACAUUAUGUUGGAGGAGUUAUCGCUGCUUUCCAACAGAGGUUCCCGCCUUUUCAAAAUGCGCCAGAGGAGAUCUGACAAGUACACAUUUGAAAGUAUCCAAAACCAGGUGAACACGCAGCUAAACAAUGACAUUUUAAAUGUGAACACUCACACUGUCGAAAUUAAAGUGGAUACACCGACUCUUGGAAGUGCUGAUCACCAGCACGCUGACACCAACACCAACACUCAGCCAGCAGUGACUGCAGAGAAGAUCAGCAGCACAUCUUUGCCUAAGAUGUACCACUCCCCGUGGGAGGAGGCCAUCCUCGGCAACCCCGACCUCGCUGAAACUGUCAAACUCAGAAUGCCUCAACCAGACCCUAGGCCAGAGCUUCCAGAGUACAAAUGCUUUAACCGAGUUGCCACUCCUUAUGGUGGCUUUGAAAAAGCUCCCAGGGGAAUCACAUUUAAGCUUCCUGAGCUGGACCUGAACCCUCCCAGGUACCCAGAACUUCAGGAGCCGAGUAUGAAGCGGCAGACGUUCAACAGAACCGCCCAGGGUUGGAUAUCUGAGGGUGGCACACUAAUCCUACCCACUAUCGUCCUGGAGCCCGUCCAAGUGCCAGAGUCCGAGGACCUGUAGAUGGGUCUUAAUCUGGCAACAUGACCUUUAUGCCCAGUGCCAAUUUAUCACAAAAUAGCAUCCGAUUUUUCCAAAGCAACGGACAACAAAAUGCUUCCUGUGCUUUCCUCUGUCAGCCAGAAUAUUUUCCGUACAUUAGUAAAUACAACAUAUCCAAAAAAAAAAAUUAUUACAUGGUUUCAGAUUGAUGGUAUAUUUUCUGAGCAAAAUUAAGUUUCUUUUUUUGGAUUGAUCUGAUGCAUCAAACUUAAUAAAAUUUUAUUCGGUUUA